GGUCUUCCAGGCCCUCAGGGAGACUAUGUCUAGCGGCGGCCUGAGCUGGAAGCACGUAGGAUCCAGUGAGCGGGAGGCGGGGGAGUCACGGGGACCUGAGUUCCCAGGAGCCUCCGGCGCCAUGGCCGUGUCCGUGUCCGCGUCCCCGGGCUGCCAGCCGGACCUGGUGAAUGACAACAGCCGCCUGAGCUCGCCCCUGUCCCGGCCCCUCCAGGCCGCUCACAACCAGCUGCUCAACGCCAAGCUCCAGGGCGUCCACCCCGUCUCCCGUGCCUCGGUCGCCGGGGGACCCCGGGGCCGGCAGGCCUACGGGCCCACCGCCCACCUGCAUGGCACCAUGGGGCCGGGAGAGGCGGAGCGGGACCCCACCAACGCCAAGUGGGUGAAAGACGGGCAGAACCAGCUGCGCCGGGCCGCCAGCGUGCAGCAGGACCAGAACCGCAACGUGACGGCGGCCGUGGGGACCGCGGCCGUGGAGACGGCGGGGGAGACGGCGGCCCUGGAGACGACGGCGGGUGGGACCGGCCCCCACGAGCCGAACGCCCCCGGGUCCGCCGCUUCAGCGGCCAAGGGCCUCCUGCGCCUCUAUUCCGAGCUGGAGCUCAACGCCGCCAACCGCGAGCACCCGGGGCCCGGCCUGCUCAUCAACCUGCGGCACCCCGGCCCCCAGCUGCGCCGGCCCGGCCGGUUCCGCCGCGACGACGACGAGGAGGAGAAGGCGGCCGGGGAGGAAGGUGGGGAGGAAGAUGAGGACGAAGAGGAGGAGGAGGACGACGAGGAGGAGGAGGAUGAAGAGGAGGAGGACACCUCCUCCUGGCGUGGCCGGGAAGAGCCCCCGGAGCGUGGGCGGGACGGGCCGCGAGAGCACGGGCGGAGCGCCAGCCUCCUGUUUGGCAUGAGGAACAGCGCGGCCAGCGACGAUGAUUCCAGCUGGGCCACGCUGUCCCAGGGCAGCCCCUCCGGCAGCUCUCCCGAUGACACAGACUCGUUCUGGAACCGCAAUUCUUUCGAAACGGAUUCGGAUCUGCCCGCCGGAUGGAUGAGGGUCCAGGACACUUCAGGGACCUACUACUGGCACAUCCCAACGGGGACCACCCAGUGGCAGCCACCUGCCGCUCCUGGCCAGGGCCGGGGGCCCCAGGGUCGAGGACCGCCGCGCCAGGGGCCCGCCUCCACGGGGGACAGUCCCACCGAGGAGCCUCAGCUCACAUGGACAGGCUUCGGCCACUGCGCCGGCUUUGAAGAUGGAGAAUUUUGGAAGGAUGUGCGGGGAGAGGAGGAGCCAGCCCUGGAACAGGACCAGAAGGACGAGGACUCUUCCUUGCGUUUUCAGGCCCUGGAUAUCAGCUGUGGGCUGUCUGAGGAGGAGGAGGAGGAGGAGGAGAAGCCCCUUCUGAGCACUAAUCCUGGAGCCCAGGUGUUCGCCGUGCGCUCGCUGGGCUGGGUGGAGAUGACGGAGGAGGAGCUGGGGCCAGGGCGCAGCAGCGUGGCCGUCAACAACUGCAUCCGCCAGCUGUGCUACCCCGCCGGCCCGCGGGGCCCUGCCCACGGCUGCUGGGGAGAGGGGAAAGACAUGCUGCUGCAGCUGGAGGACGAGUCGCUGAAGCUGGUGGAGCGGCGGGAACGGACGCUGUUGCACUCCCAGCCCAUCGUCAGCAUCCGGGUGUGGGGCGUGGGGCGGGACAGCGGCAGAGAGAGGGAUUUCGCCUAUGUGGCUCGGGACAGGCUGACCCAGAUGCUCAAGUGCCACGUGUUCCGCUGCGAGGCGCCCGCCAAGAACAUCGCCACCAGCCUGCAUGAGAUCUGCUCUAAGAUCAUGGCCGAGCGUCGUAGUGGCCGCUCCCUGGUCAACGGGCUGAGCCUGGAUCACGCUAAGCUGGUUGACGUCCCCUUCCAGGUGGAAUUUCCAGCCCCGAAGAGUGAAAUGGUGCAGAAGUUCCAGGUCUAUUACUUGGGCAACGUUCCCGUCUCCAAACCCGUUGGGGUGGACGUGGUGAAUGGGGCCCUGGAGGUGGUCCUGGCCUCCAGCAGCCGGGAGCAGUGGACCCCGAGUCACGUCAGCGUGGCUCCCGCCACCCUCACCAUCCUGCAGCAGCAAACGGAGGCCGUGCUGGCCGAGUGCCGGGUGCGAUUUCUGUCCUUUCUGGCCGUGGGCCGGGACGUCCACACCUUCGCCUUCAUCAUGGCCGCCGGCCCGGCCAGCUUCCGCUGCCACAUGUUCUGGUGUGAACCCAACGCCGCCAGCUUAUCCGAGGCGGUGCAGGCCGCCUGCAUGCUGAGGUAUCAGAAGUGCCUGGACGCCCGCCCCCAGGCCUCCAGCUCCUGCCUCCCGGCCCCACCCGCCGACUCCGUGGCCCGCCGCGUGGGCUCCACCGUGCGCAGAGGUGUCCAGACGCUGUUGGGCAGCCUGAAACCCAAACGGGCGGGGGCCCAGACUCCCUGAGCGGCCCCGGCGAAGGGGGCGGCAUCCACACUGAGCCCUCCCCCUCCCUCCCUCCCUCCAUCCCCCCUCCUGACCCCAGUCGUGGCUGAGGGACUCGGGUGUGCUUGGGAGAGGAGCAUGGGGCAGGAAGGGGCCUGGCACGGGGGCACCCCAGCGCUCCCCGCCCCGGCCUCCCCCCCCCACCACCUAGGGAUAGGGGCCUGGGAUCUUCGAGGGGGACAGGGGUGGUCGGGUCUGGGCUUCCCUGUGUGAGGGUGGUAAGGCAGAGAGUCAGCUCCCCUUCCCCAGGGCUGAGGGAGAGAAAGAGGCCUCCAGUGACCCCGCAUCCUCCCCUUGGGCUCCGGGCAGAGGAGAGAGAGACUGUGUGAGUGUGAGAGCGUAUGCAUGUGUACAUCUGUGUGUGCACACGCACAAGUGUGGGUGAUACUGGGCUCACCGGCAUCCGAGUGGUGGGAGUCCGCCCCGCUCCCCAUCCCUCUUCCUCCCCACAUCUGUGCUCUGGAUGUGUCACGGCCAAGCGGGACCAAGAGCCCCUAACCCGCCCGCCCGCCCAGACGGGGCCUAGGUUGGCGUGAGGGCCCGAGGCCGGCUGCCACUUCCCCACCUCCCUGCCCCGCCGGCCCCGGCCCGCUCUAACUCACUAAUAAAACCAGGCCGAGCCCGCCCUCAGCUCGGCUCCGUGUCCCCCCCGCCGUGUGUCCGUGUCCGCCCCAGCCUCCCGGCCGGGCCCCGGGCUUCAGUGCAUGCCCUCUGCCGGGGCCUGAGCCUCGUGUCCACCCUCCCCCUGCCUCCGGGGCCCCCCGGCACCUCGGACUCCGUUGUCAGAGCAGGCUCGGCCAGCGGCGGCGGUGGCGCCGGGCCUCUGGGCCGGACGCCCCCCCGCCCCCCCGCCCUCCGAGACGCGGGACUCUUCGAAACCAGAUCCGCCGUGAGGGUUGAUGAACGUCUGUACAAUUCAGAAGAACAUGUGCUAUACAGUAAAAACCGCUCUAUAACCCAAUGGAAAAGGACUGCGUUGUGUCAGGCUUGGGGUCUGAAAAUCUGUCAGAACCGACACCCAGUUGCCUCCUUUCCUCUCGAAGCUGGCAGGUGACUCUUCCCUCCUCCCCCUCUUUCCCCCCCAACCCCGGCUGCAAACACACUCACACUCCCUUAAAAAGGCCCGAUCAAUAGUAUUUAUUGGAUGGCUACCGGCCCAGGCUACACACUUAGUAGAGAACAAUAAAAAUCAAUGGCCCAGG